GUAUACAGUGCCUCAUUGCGGUACCUCAUGAGCCAACCUUCAGAGAGCCGUGACAGUGCCUUGAUACUAAACAAACCCAGAAACCUCCCCCUAUGAAUCUUUCACCAGCGAAAGAACAAUCUCAAGCUCCUUUUUUAAAAAAAACAAAAACAAAUUUUAAAAAGUCUUCAUAUUCAUGAGCCUAGCCAUGGAAAGUUUCAGCAGAGAAUAAACAAGCCAAAGCAGGGAAGGAAUAAGGUAAACAGCUCUGCCAUGAUUUUCACUACAGAUGUGAGAGAUCUGGGAGAUAGUUUUGCCUGCUGUGUGUUUUUGCUCCUGCAUUUAGGCCUUAACCGGCCAUGCAAAGUAUAUGGCUUAUAUAUAUUGCAUUUGUGGGGAAGGACCCCAAUUGCUUUGUUUGUGAUGCUCGUAUGUUGCAUGUAUGUUGGAUUCAUGUUGCAUUUGUGGGGAAUGGUCAUAGUUUAAUCAUACAGCAUCUGCUCUGCAUUGUAGAAGCUCUCAAGUUCAGCCUCAAGCACCUCCAGGUACAACUUGGACAGAGAUCUACCUGAAACUCUGGAAAGCCACCAGCAGUCAAUGUAGGCAGUACUGGCCCACGCAAUACUAGGAUCAUAGAACUGAUCUAAGGUCUGACUGGGUAUAAAACAGCUUCCUCUGUUGCUAUUAGAAGGAGGCUGCAGUGAUGGUUUGCAAAGUUAUCUGCCAGCUAUCCUCCUCUCCCUAGGACAGCAGAUAACUUAUAUUAUUUACCCCCGCUUCCCCCCACCCCCCAGCACUAUAAGCUAAAACAGUGGCUCUUUCUUAAAAAGAGACAAAAUGUUGCAUCCAUUUUUUUUCCAGUGAUGUCUUGCUUGUGUACAAAUAUGUAAUGCUGUGGGAGCAGGGGGAAAUGUUCCAGCAGACUUUUGCAUACACCAAGUAAAGCGGGCAGAAUCUACUGCUCUUAUUCUUGGUGGAUAUGAAAGCAAAAGCAACUGGGGAAUAAAUAAAUAUAUCAUUCCCCCCGCCCCCCCACAGAUUUCUAGACUCGAGGAGUUUAGUUUGUUAUGUUGUGCUGCCAGAACUGCAUUCUUUAGGAAUGACUAAUAUUGACAUGGGGCUGAGGGGUUUGAGAUGGAAGAUACUAAACUGUAAGUGCUUCAUGGGAAUGAUAGGCAAACAUGCAUUUGUUAAGAGAUACUUAUCAUGAAGAAAUUGUUUGAUUCAGGCUUUGUGCUUGAGCCACUAAUUGUCCCUAUUGUCUUGUAAUGCAUGUUUAUUUUUUGUAUUAUUAUUAUUAUUCUACUCUGUCAGAAAUACCCCCAGGUAAUGUUCUGUGAUGUUUCCUUCACCUACUUGGCCUUAUACUGGUGAAUGAAGCUAGCUUUUCCAUUUCUUCUCUAGGUGGACAAUGUUUAAACGGACCAUUUGACUGUGAUCUAUCAAGUCAAGGAGGCUGAUGAACCACCAAUGAGAAUUCUUGUUUGGCCAGUGCUGAUAUCUCUCUGAUUCCACUAUGGAAGAGAAAUGCACACAAGACCACCUCUUCAAAGAUCAGGAUUUCUCCUCUGAGCUGCUAAAGCAGCUCAAUGUUUUACGGAAGAACAGAAUCCUAACUGACGUUGUCCUGUGUACGGGUGACACAGAAAUCCCUUGCCAUAGGAAUGUACUUGCCUCAAGCAGCCCCUACUUCAAGGCAAUGUUCUGCAACAACUUCAAAGAGAGUGGCCAGGAAAAAGUCAGCCUCAGAGACAUCGACUCAAACAUUCUUCAUUGCAUCAUUGUCUACGUUUACACAGGAGAGAUUCUAAUGACUGUGGAGAAUAUUUUGUAUCUAAUGGAAACUGCUUCCAUGCUCCAGUACAUGAAGCUAUUUGAGGCCUGCUCAGCCUACCUCCAGGAGCAACUUGCUCCGGAUAACUGCCUCAGUCUGAUUCGGCUCUCGGAGAUCUUGCACUGUGAUAAACUCAAGAAGAAAGCCAAAGCAAUGGCUCUGAAGUGUUUCCCUGAAGUAGCCAUCUCCGAAGACCUGAAAGAACUCUGUGUUUUGGAGUUGAUAGACUAUCUUGGAGAUGAUGAGCUUUGUGGAGAGGAGGAACAAGUUUUUGAAGCUCUCAUGGUUUGGGUGAGGCAUGAUCCCCAGGCACGGCAAAGCUAUAUACAAGACUUGUUCAAGAAAGUAAGGCUUCAGUACGUCCAUCCAACAUUUUUCUUCCACUUCAUUGCCAAUGAUUCUCUCAUUCAGUCGUCCCCAGCAUGUAGAAAUAUCCUGGAACUGGCCCAAAAGCAGAUGUUUUCUCUGUAUAGCACCAAUGCUCCAGAUAUCAAACCUAUGUGGCACGUUCCUCGGCGAUAUUCAUGCCGGGAAUUCCUCCUCCUGGUUGGUGGCCGGAAAGACAACCAACAGACGACGAGGGAUGUCUUGCUGUACGAUGAGAAGACAAACCAGUGGUUGAGCCUUGCCAAAUACCCAACACGGCUCUACAAGGCCUCUGUAGUGAGCGUCCACAGUAAUGUUUAUCUCCUUGGAGGCAUUCCCAUUGGCAAUGGGAAGAACCAAGUCAGCGACAAUGUUUAUAUCUUCUCACUCAAACUUAACCAAUGGAGGCUAAUGGAGCCCAUGUUAGUUCGGCGCUAUUCCCACAGGAGCAUUGCCUAUAAAAACUAUAUCUUUGCCAUUGGGGGCAUUGGAGAAAACCAGGAGAUCCUAAAUUCCAUGGAAAGAUAUGACAGUAUCUACAAUGUUUGGGAGCACAUGGCAAACAUGCCAGUUGCCGUUCUUCAUCCUGCUGUGUCUUCCAAAGACCAAAGAAUCUAUCUCUUUGGAGGGGAGGACAUGAUGCAAAACCCUGUCCGGCUAAUACAGGUAACUCCCAAUCUUCAACCAUCUCACCUUCAAGAUGCCAGUUGUCCUCUUUAGAGACAAUGUUGAGCAUACACAGAGACAUGAUUUCAGGCUUGUGAGACCAUUGGAUCUGACCACACGUGGCUGCUCUUAUGUUCUCCAAAGUAAUGAAUGACUUGUGCCCAGACUCAGCUGUCAAUAGAAAAUUCUAUCUGUUACCUUGAUGAUUUAUCAUGAAUUCCAUGCUGUAGUUCAGGAGCGGCCAAUACAGUGUCCUCUAGAUACUGUAGGAAUACAACUCCCAUCAUCCCCUGACCACUUUGGGUCAUGCUUGCUUUAGGAGCUGUUGUCCAACAGAAUUUGGAGGGUACCGCUGCUGUAAACACUCAAAUGCACUUGCUAAGGAGAAACUGUCUUCUCUAGAAAACUACAUGCAUAUUCAUUUCUGUUUACACAUGCAAUUAAUUCAUUAAUAGGAGUUUAAUGAACUUCCACAACGACACUUUGCAAAGUCUUUGUUCUUAAAGAGGCCCACCAAGAAGGCUUGCAUCAUUUAGCAGCAUGUAGUUUAGGGUGUAUAUUUGUUGAUGUGAAUAUAAGCCUGACAUUUUGAAUGUCCCAGGCAGGCCAGGCCAACUGCCAAUCAAAGGCUCGAGUCCAAAGACUUCAGUGCGGUCCGCAAAACAUUGCUAGACAUGGCAGGCCAUGCAAAUUGCACAUGUGUCUCAGAAGUCCUCUGGCCACUUUUAGCAAGGCAAACCUGAAUCUCAGACAUUAGAGGAAGCUCUAAUGCAUCUUUACCAUGCAGAAGGUCUCAGGUUCACUUCCUGGCAUCUCCAGGGAAGUCUGGGAACGCCCCCUGUAUGAAAUCCUGGAGAGAAUGUGUAAAGAAAUCUGAGUUAGAUGAACCAAUCAUCUGACUCAGUAAAAGGCAGCUUCCUGUUUUUCCGUGUAUGGAGAAGGAUGUCUCUACCAGCAACAAAAUGUAAGCCAGGAGGAGGAGGAGCAAGAGGGAAUGCCACCAUUGCCACCGUAGCAGGAGGGACAGCAGAGGGAGAUGAAGGCAAUGGGAUCCCCACACAGUGUGAUUUGCUCCACAUCCCCAAUGGAAUGGUUCUUCCAAGGACUGUUCAAUGUUCAAUGGUUGUGGUUGCUGUAAGGGUUGUGAGCAGUCACCCUCCCUUUCAGAAAUGCAAUCGGGUUGUGCUCUUUUUACAUCUAAUCCCAGUAAUCUCAUUUAUGUGUUGGGUGUUCCAGGUAUAUCAUGUGUCCAGGAACAUGUGGUUCCGGAUGGAGACCAGAAUGGUGAAGAACGUCUGCGCACCAGCAGUUGUGAUUGGAGACCGGAUUUUUAUUGUUGGAGGUAAUUUGUUUAAGUGCUCUUACGACUGUUUUCACAACGCAGGUGCUCAAGGAUGAGAGCGGGUAACCUAAGGUCCUAAACGAUGCUGAUGACCACAACGCCCUGGCCAUUGGCCCUGCUGGCUGAGGCUGAUGGGAUUUAGAGUCUGACUGUAUCCCACCGCUGGCCCCAACACUGCUCUAUUUCUUCUUUACUGCAUGCCAUUGCGGUGUGCAAUUCCUUUCCACAACUGGUCACGCAGCCAAGUCUGUGUGUGGACAUUGUGCAGUGCCUUGGAGCUUAUUGCUUAAAACCUUCAAGGCAGAAAAGGGGCUAUUUCAGUGGUUGGUGCCAAAGUCACUCUCCCUUGGCUUCUGCCAUAGUAGAAGUAAAGUCUAUCCUCUCCUUAUUUUUACAGUCUUCUGUGUCGGGAUUAUAAACAUGCCAAGAAGGAAUAAAGCAGAACACGUCAUGGAAAAACCAACCCCACACUAGAUUUUCCUGCAUGCUUCCAUAGACUUAUGAACUUGAUGUUUUUGUCCACGUACAAAAACUAGUUUUAUAUUCCACCCGUAAUUCCAUUCAGAGGUAGACCCUAGUUGUUAUUAACUGCAUGGAUCUGAAGAUAAGUGGAAGGUAGGAAGUUUAUGCAAGGAAAGUUUAUGUGUCCUCCUCUCCCUCCCCUGGCAAUUGCUUUGCACAAAUGUGCAUAUUAGGGCAAAACUGCAGACAAACGUAUGUGCACAUUAGGAUAAAUUUACACUGAAAUGCUAAUGAAUUUAACAACAACAACAAUUUAUUUAUGCCCCGCCCAUCUGGCUGAGUUUCCCCAGCCACUCUGGGCGGCUCCCAAUCAAGUGUUAAAAACAGUACAGCGUUAAAUAUUAAAACCUUCCCUGAACAGUGCUGCCUUCAGAUGUCUUUUAAAGAUAGGAUAGCUGCUUAUUUCCUUCACAUCAGAAGGGAAGGUGUUCCACAGGGAGGGUGCCACUACCGAGAAGGCCCUCUGUCUGGUUCCCUGUAACCUCACUUCUCGCAAUGAGGGAACCGCCAGAAGGCCCUCGGCGCUGGAUCUCAGUGUCCGGGCUGAACGAUGGAGGUGGAGACGCUCCUUCAGGUAUACAAAAUUGAAAACUACAGUGGUACCUCGGGUUACAGACACUUCAGGUUACAGACACUUCAGGUUAAAGACUCCGCUAACCCAGAAAAAGUACCUCGGGUUAAGAACUUUGCUUCAGGAUGAGAACAGAAAUUGCGCGGCGGCAGCGACAGCAGGAGGCCCCAUUAGCUAAACCCAUUACCUCAGGUUAAGAACAGUUUCAGGUUAAGAACAGACCUCCAGAACAAAUUAAGUUCUUACCCCGAGGUACCACUGUAGCGUGGAAAUGUGGAGAACAGAAUUUAAGAUUGAGAAACAGGGAGAAACCGGAAUUGACAGAUUCACCCACCCAAAACUCUGUGUGGUCAUUUUGCAGGGGUCCUGUGGUCAGGGGCUGCGGAAGGAAGGGGGUGUGGUGGGCGCAGGCUGCCCCAGGUGUCACCACUGAGGGGGGUGACAAAAUGCUGGGUGGCACUCACCACAGGGCCUGCAGCGCACCCAAGCCACACGUCUCUCCUGGGAGUGACACAGUGGCUUUGGCGUGCACAGGCUCAACGCUGCCCCAUACGGUCCACCCGCCGCCUCCCCCUCAGCUGUGGGGUGUCUGAGUGGGGGGAGGCAGGCAGACCCUGUGGAGCGUCCUGUCCCGGCUGGCCCCACCCCUUGGUGUAGGGCACAUGCGCCGCACCAGGCGCCCGAUUGGCUUGCUCCACCACUGCCUGUGGUGCAUAGCUUGGACUUCGGCCUUGAGAUUCAACCCUAGCUGCCUAACCCUGAGGAAAAAGCCUUUCCGGAGGAUUGUGGGUCCCUUCUGAACAAUAUGGGAAUGAUAGAGGGGGCUGCUGAAAGAAGGGGAAACCACCCUCUAAUCAGUUGUCGGCUGGUCUGAUUUUGAACGAUUGCCCUCUCUACCCUAGGCCUCCCACACCUUGACUGCCUGAAUAAGGCUUUUUUGUGCAUGUUUUUUCCUUUAUGAAAUUUAUGUCUGUGUUGGAAAAUAAAAACGUAUGAAACAGCUUGGUAUGAGAGAAAACGAGGAGCUCAAAAUGUGAACGCAGCAGAGAUGAGAAAAAGAAGAUUUUUCAAAAAAAUAACGCUUUCAAAUGUAUUUAUUCUGAAUCUUUGUGCCAAUAAUUCAACUGACAAGCUUAAGCCGUAAGCUUUGGGGGGGGGGUUACUUAACAAAGUACACAAACAUUUCAUCUAAUUUCAAACAUAAUUCAUUCUCUUUUAAAGUGGAGAGAUUUACUACCGAUAAGUUUUCAUUUACCAAGUAAGUAUGCCAUAACAUCAUCCAGUUGUUCUUGGCUUAUCAGCAGCUGGAACUGAAAAAUCACAAUGAUAACAAACACAUUCUUUAAAUGGGGGGGGGGGAGCCAGUAUAUUUCAAGUCUUCAUUGCACAAUACACAUCAAACAAAGUUGGGUUCAUUGGCUCAAGUAAUGGGAUUCUUGCUUUUAAUUAAAUGGUGCUUUCUUUUUUGAUGUUAUCGCCUACUGCCGUUGUGUCCAAACCUACAUUGGUUCUGAGUUGAACCACUAAGUGAUAAAACAUAGUUGUUUGAAAGGAGAACAAUAUAGCAAAAAGAGAGCUUUCCAAAGCUCGUUUGCAAGUCCUCAGAACUGAGCUGUCUAGCAACUCAGAUUUACCAACAACACCUUAAUAUUUAUUAGAUUUCUGUGAUCGUCAGGGUAGGAAAGGGAAGUUCCUCCAUGCUUUUGCCUACUUCCUGCUCCCAAAAAAACCACAACCUUACAAGCUGUGACGAUUUGCUAUGCAGUAGGCAAAAACCAAAUGGCAAUCUGCCAAAUGGACAAAAUUUCUACCAGGCCCCUGCCCCAAAAGCAGGCCACCCCAUGUCAAACGCAACAGCCCUAAAUUAGGGAGGGUGGGCGGGUGAUCCAAUGCACGCAGCAAAAGAGACUGGAAAAAUCUGCGUGCCAAGAAUAUAUAACCUUUGGGCCAACCCUCUAAAUGGUAACAUCAAAAUCUCCCCAACAACCCAAAUUGGCCCAAUCACAGUCAUGGCCAUCCAAAUGGUCCCGCCCAGUAACCAAGAGGGGGUGUCCUGUUAGACCCCACUGCAACACGUGCUCUCCAUGAAGGAGAACACGCUUUGCCAUCUCAUCAACCAUUCUUCCUUUGAGGGCAUUCUCUCCUUCCAUUUCCGUGCACAGAGAAUCCUUGCCACUAACAGCGUAUUAAAUGUCUGGCGUGCAUGUGACCAUAGUCAAAAGGGACAGAGCUAUUCACACAAAUGUUUUGCCACGUGGAGCAGCUCUGACAGCGCUGCAGUAUCUGUGCCACAAGCGUGUUCCAGGCCUGCGUUUCAAAUAUUUUGGAAUUAACAAUCACCAGCACUUCUAACUCUGAAACCCCUUCUUUACGCAUUCGAUGCAAAGGAUUUUUGCAAAAUUCAUAAUUGUCUGGUGUGUUUCUCUCUCUUCCCCCCCCCUCCAGGGUACACCAGACGAGUGAUUGCUUAUGAUACCAAGGCUAAUAAAUUUGUGAAAUGUGCAGACAUGAAGGACAGGCGGAUGCAUCAUGGCGCUGCGGCAAUAAAUGAGAAGCUGUAUCUGACCGGUGGUCGCUGCCUUACCUUUGACAAUGAAAUCAAAGACUCCGAUUCGCUCGAGUGCUACGACCCCAAGACAGACACCUGGGCUUCAAAGGGGCACCUGCCCCACAGACUCUUUGACCAUGGGUGUCUGGCGCUCCAAUGUGUGCCUUAUGCCAAUCUCUUGUGAGAGGAGGGCUGAGGGGAAAUGGCCAUUGUCCUCUUCAACUUGAAAGGCCCAUGUUGCUCUCUGCAUAGAGAAGGCUGGUAGACUCUUGCCAGGAAAACCACCAAAACGGACAAACAAAUAAGGUGGAGACCUUAGGGUUUCAGUUCCUGUUUUGGACUCCCAUUCCCCACUAUAUCUUGAGGUAAAAGUGACAUAGUGGCAGAUUUUGAGUGUGAUGAAAUGUCUGUUGUGCAUAAUGUUCGGCGCUUCUUGUGGGUGGGUGGUUGGUUUACCAUGAGGGAUAUAAUUUGGAUUUUUUUGCCUAAAACACCAGAAUGUCCCAUCUCCUCUUUCCUGCCCUCUGAGGGACUUUCCUCACAACCUCAACGGGCCCUUGAGGGAAGUUGUGACGCAGAUCAAGAUCAAGCAUUGGCUUCUAACAGGUCUUCCAAGCAACCCCAUGCAGACAACAGUGACUGUUGAUUCUUUUUUAAUGGUUUUCAUGUGUAUAUCUAAAGUGUUCACUGUUCCUGUUUUCUUAGAAGCUGUGUCUCUUGACAAUUAAAGAAUCUGUCCAAUUCUAUGGUGCUUCAUAAAAGCCUCUGGGCAUAGCAUGGCGGGGGGCAUCCGAGAGGCAUCCGGGGCAAUUGCCCUGGACAAAAAAAGUAUUAGGGACUCGCCUCUUCAGUUGCCAUCCCAACUGGAGGCCCUUUCUAUCCUACCUGCCCAGCUCACCUGAGCAGCAUGCCAAGCAGGAGUUGAGAGAGGGAGGGCACUUACAUCCAUUGGCCAUGCAGCGUCCCCCAUCCAUGGGGGAGGCAGGUGGACAGCGAGAGUCGUGGCAAUGCCCCAGCCUCAGGAGGCGGGCAUACACAUUCAACCACUGCACCACAGCUCUGUCUUGCAGCAGCAGUGCCACAUGGAGGUGCCAGUUAGGGGCGCAAUACUUGCCUUGCCCUUCUUUAGUUAGUAUACCUAUCUAUAGUAACAGUAUAGUACCUUGCUGAAGUGUAGAUGGGUGUGUGAUAACAGCAAGAACCUUUAUUGAACUCCAGUCAUACCUCAUGUUAUGUCCGCUUCAUGUUACGUACUUUCAGGUUACAUCCCGCGGCGACCCGGAAGUACCAGAAAGGGUUACUUCCGGGUUUCGCUGCUCACGCAUGUCCAGAAGUGCAAAAUGACGUUACACGCAUGCGCAGAAGUGGCGAAUCGCAACCCGCUCAUUUCAUGUUGUGAAUGGGCCUCUGGAACGGAUCCCGUUCUCAACCAGAGGUACCACUGUACAUAACUGGGAAACAGGGGGAAAGCAACUGCUUAUAUGCAUUCCUGAAAGCCUGGGCCACUCCCACACCCUGUGUGAUUGGCUGUCUAAACUUCCAAGCUGCGAAUCACAACUCAGAGUUCAAGGGCCAAUGGCAGAGGCCCAAAUCCUAAAAUGUUCUGUGAUUGGAUGUCAUGUAUCGAAUCAGAGCACAGGGGCUCAGAAUCCUUAGUCCAGGCUCAGUCUCAGGCAAACACAAACCAAUGAAUACAUAACACUUGCUAUGCAUAAAGCUCAGCCUUUACCAUGAAGAACAUGAGAGAGAAGAGAGAGAGAGAUGGGUUGAAAUUACCGUAUUUUUCGCUCUAUAAGACG